AUGGCUGAGUCACACUCGUCUACGAACGUCGAUGCCAUUGGCAAUAGUCGCAACUUCGACCGUCAUAGAUCCAAGUCACAACCCCGCCAGUGUGAGGUGUUCACUUUCCAUGCUGUCAACAACAUACGUGACUGGUGUGACCAAGCCUUCGUUAAGAUCGAUGUCCAGAUACGCCACAAGCCUGCCAACCUAAUGCUGAAAGUCGACACCGGAGCCCAGGCCAACCUUCUGCCUAUGCGAACGUACCGCGCGAUGUUUCCAGACACGCAGGAUGCCAACCUGAUACCGUCACAAUGUCGACUCGUAGCGUACAAUGGAACACCCAUUAAAUGCCUCGGCACCAUUGCCGUCCCUUGCCGAUACAAGGACUCUGAAUGGGACUUCACUGACUUUUUCCUAGUCGAUGUACCAGGACCCGCAAUCCUUGGACUACCAUCGUGCAGUAAGAUGAACGUUGUCAUACUGCACUGUGCCAUAGAGCAAGCCAAAGCUCCAGCGCAUAGACAGCCUACAGUCUCAAGUAAGCCAGUCAUUAAAUCCAUCGAUGACCUCAAGGAACGGUACCCCAACCGUUUUGAUCGAAUUGGUGAGUUUAAGUCCAUACACAAGCUCGCUGUUGAUCCAAACAGGCCGCCUAGUGUCGAUAAGGCCAAACUGGAUGAGAUGGUCGAACAAGGUGUCAUACGCCAAAUCGAGGAACCAACCGAAUGGGUUAGCACCAUCACGUAUGUUACCAAGAAAGACGGUAGCAUCAGGAUAUGCCUAGAUCCAAGGCACCUUAACCGAGCUCUCAUCAGGCCUCGCCAUGUCACACCAACGAUUGAUGACAUAAACCACAAACUCGCAACGGCACGGGUCUUCUCAAAGCUCAACGCUAAAUCUGGUUAUUGGGCCGUCAAGCUGCAUGAAGAAAGCCAGGAACUCACAACCUUCCAAACGCCUUUUGGUCGGUACUGUUUCUGCCGCCUUCCCUUUGGCCUCUCUGUCAGCCAAGACAUAUUCCAGCUUGAAAUGGAUCGAAUCAUCGAACGUUGCCCAGGAGUCUGUGGAAUAUCAGACGACAUCAUCGUAUAUGGAGACAACGAUGCCGAGCAUGACACAAACCUGCUCAACUUGAUGGAAGUUGCCGGAGCCAACGGUCUCGUCUUCAACUCGCCGAAAUGCUCCAUCAAGCAGUCUAGCAUUGAAUUCUUCGGAAACGUCUACACCGAUCAAGGCAUGAAACCUGACCCCAAGAAAGUCGCCGAUCUGAGAGCCAUGCCUGAGCCCGUCAACAAGACCGAGCUACACCAGUUUCUUGGCCUUAUGACCUACUUAUCUUGCUUCAUCGAAGACUACAGCACCAAGUCCGCUGCAUUACGAGAUCUCCUCCGCCAAGACGUAGAUUUCAUUUGGGAAGCUCACCACCAGAAAGUGUUCGAGAACCUUAAGAACACUGUCUCUGAUAACUCGCUGUUGCGAUACUUCAACCCGAAGAAGGAAACCUACCUUCAGUGUGACGCGAGCUUACGUGGUCUCGGAGCAGCCCUACUGCAGCCAUCGGAUGACGACAAGCUGAAGCCGAUAGCCUUCGCAAGCAAGAGCCUGACGCCAACAGAGCAACGGUAUGCCUGCAUCGAGCGAGAACUACUGGCAGUAGUUUUUGGAGUCCAGAGAUUCCAUAUGUACCUAUAUGGACGCACGUUCACAGCCAUUACCGAUCAUAAGCCGCUAGUGAUGAUCCUCGACAAGCCACUAGCAGCCGCACCUCCAAGAUUGCAACGCCUGAUGGUUAAACUGCAAGGUUACAACCUGAGAAUCGUCUACAGACCAGGUCGUGAAAAUCAACUAGCAGAUGGACUAAGCCGCCUACCAUCGCCUGCAAAUGCCACAACGAUCGACCUCGACCUCAGAGUGGACCACACCCGUUUCACCGCUAGUAGCCAAGCGAAGCUCAGAGACGAAAUGAGGCAAGACGAAACGCUCAACCACCUAAGGGAGAUAAUCGUUACUGGAUGGCCGGAUGACAUGAAAGAUCUGCCGAACGAGCUAAAGCCGUACUGGAGUUACCGCGACGAGCUAACCGUCCACGAUGGCCUCGUCAUCAAAGGAAGGAGAAUCCUCAUCCCGAAAGGUCUGCGACAGGAUACCCUGCAACAGCUACAUGCUGGACACUUUGGUCGUGAGAAAACUCUCCUGCUUGCCCGUGAAACUGUCUUUUGGCCAAACGUCACAAAGGACAUAAUCGAACUGGUCGCCAAAUGUGAGACGUGCCAGGAAGCGCAACCGUCACAACCUGCCGAGCCGCUACUCCCACACGCAAUACCGCCUAGGCCAUGGCACACACUCGCAACGGAUCUGUUCGAAUACGAUGGAUCGCACUACCUUGUCGUAGGGGAUUACUACACGAAAUUUCCCCUUGUGCGAAAGAUGCCGUCGCGUUGCCCAAGUCGAACCGUCAUCGCCGCUAUGAAACAGAUGUUCGGAGAGCACGGAAUUCCUGAACGUGUCGUGAGUGAUAAUGGUCCCCACUACAACAGUCAGGAAUACCGAGCAUUCGCCGCACACUGGGGAUUCGAGAUCGUCACCACCUCUCCACGCCGACCCAAAGGAAAUGGUUUCAUAGAGAGAACUGUACAAACUGUGAAGCACACGCUCAAGAAGGCAAAGGGCACGAACACCGAUUUUGACCUUGCUCUACUGAUGCUGAGGGCCACCCCGAUCAGUAACAAGCUGGCCAGCCCUGCGGAACUGCUACUCGGAAUCGUCAACAUAUCCGCGAAGUUCCAGAAGACGUAG